AUGAAUUCAAGUCAAUGUGAACGAAAAGAAAUUACAUAUGAUACAAACGAUUUGAACAUUAAAAUAUUGGUACCUGCUAUUGGUACGAUUAUUCAUAAUAUUGAUUUAUCAGAUGUAUUGGAUAAAAGUAAUAUUAUUCAACAAAUUGAGCAAGCAUUAAUCAAACAUCAACUUAUAUUUUUUCGCAAUCAACAUUUAACUGUAAAAUAA